AAUAAUAUCACGUCGCGAGUUUUCGGGACGUAUUCCUGUCAAAUAUUGGCCUAUUACGUCUGUUUCUAUAUUGUUGGUCUCGGAAAAAGAGAUUCUGAAAAUGGAUCUGUUCAUGCUGGGCUUGACCUUCAGUAUCAUGUGUAACCUUGGUGAAUCGGCCGAUAACGCAACAGACACCCCGGGCUAUUUGGACGGAUGCUUCGGCAGCGCCAUCGACGAUUUCAUACUAGAUGGUUUCCCCGCAAGAAAAAAGGAGGGACAACUGCUCGUGUGUUACAAAAGUGACUCCAUUGUAUACUAUCAACAAUGGGGUGCAGUGUGUGACAACAACUGGGACGACAAUGAUGCCAAGGUUGCCUGUCGUCAGCUAGGCGUCAGUGGGCCAGCCAAAGCGGUACGCGAUGCAGGAUCCAAAUACAUGUCAAGCAAUGGAGCCCUUGCUGACAGGAUCCUAGGGAAUUUCCGAUGUACGGGGAACGAAUCCAGGCUGUUAGACUGCCCACAUGAUACCAGUUGCGGUAGCAUAAGAACAGCAGCUGGUGCUGUAUGUGGUCAAACAUAUAUACCUCCAGACAACAAUGGAAACAAUGGAAACAAUGGAAACAACGAUGACACUUCGCCAGGCAAUGACAACACAACGAUGAUUGUAAUCUUGGUUAUCGGGACAGUUGUUGCGGUCAUUGGAGGAAUUUUCGGCACGUGGUGGAGGUACCAGCGUUGUCAACGUCACCAUGACCAGGACAGACGUAUACGUGACCUAGAAAGAGCAGCACGAACACAUAGGAGGCAGCCACAGGCAAGAAACCAGGCUUCAAACCCCCCUGACAGUGACUACCGGCAUGUUACCCCACCCCCUGCGACUGCCCCUCCCCCUGCCACUGCUCCACCACUGCUGCCCGGGUACAACGGCACAAUGGACGAUGCUGCGACGCUUUCUGGUCCCCCGCCAUCGUAUAAUGACGUCGUCGCUUCUACUCCUAACUGAUUAAACCCUUUUCCAUUUUCUACAACACGAUUGGAAUAGUUUUGUUUUAUACAACUUUGUUGGCGAACGAAUUAUAAAGUCGUUUAUUGGCGGAUACGUGAUUUUCCAAGGAGGGCUGGCCUUAUGGGUGUAGUAUAGUCUAUGUAAUAGACCACGGCGAUCGAAUGCCGCGGUCUAUGAUUAUGUGAGCAGAUUCACUGAUUAAUUAUGCAAGACAAUCGCUUCUUGACCUCUACACAGGUAUUCGGCCAUUCACCCGUUGUGCGUCAUACAAAACCUGUGUCACGUGCUCUGUAUCAUGUUACGCGCGUAUUCGCCCGGCUUUUGUUGUAUUACAAAACACUGCAUUGACCAAUCCAACCAUUUAUUCCUGAUUUGGGAAUGAAAUGACGUCACGAUUUAGCAAAGUCGACUCUGAUUGGCUGGCGCGCGGCUUGCAUGCACCUGCAUGUCUAAACAUAUCAGACGUUAUACAGGAGAGUUACGGUUGAAACUCAGACUAUAGGUGUAGUAUUGAAAUCCAUGACAUUUCAAGGAGGGAUGGAUUCCGCAUUAAAACCCAAAGGCUUGAAGUUAUAAAAUAAAUAAAGAGAUGCUAUUAACCCUAAAAGGGCCGGGGCGGAAUCCGCCCCCCCCCCCCUCAACAUUU